AUGGAAGAACAGAGGAGCUUCUCUUUCUUUCCUCUUCUAAGCCUUCUCAUACUCUCCUAUUUAACAGUAAAAGUCCUUGGAUUUCUCAAGAAAUCAUGGUGGGAUCCUAUCAGAAUAACAAAAAUGAUGGAGGCUCAAGGAAUCAGGGGCCCUGCUUACAAGUUCUUCCAUGGAAGCACAGCAGAAGCUUCCAAGUUGUUGGUGGACUCCAUGGCUAAAUCCGUGGAGCUUUCACAUGACAUCUUACCCAAAGUUCAACCUCACAUACAUUCUUGGAUCAAACAAUAUGGGAGGAAUGUUCUAACAUGGCACGGGCUGAGGCCGACGCUGGUGAUCGGAGAAGCCGAGCUAGUUAAGGAGAUACUGAAUGAUAAGAAUGGAGUUUACCCAAAAGGUGAAACGCCGAAGUUCUUCAAGAAGUUACUAGGAGAUGGUGUGGCGAUGGCCAAAGGCGAGAAAUGGGCAAGGCAGAGAAAGUUGACUGCUCAGGCCUUUCGUGCAGAUUGCCUUAAGGGGAUGAUAACUGGGAUUGUUGCUGCAGUGGAGUCUAUUCUGACAAAAUGGGAUGAACUGGAUGGCAAGGAGGUGGAUUUGUUCAAAGAAUUUAGUAUUCUGACAUCAGAAGUCAUUUCAAAGUCCGCAUUUGGCUCCAGCUACAGUGAAGGGAAGAUCAUAUUCACCAAAAUUGACCAACUGGCUGCAAUUGUUGCAAAAAAUUCUCAAACAGUCCAGCUUCCUUUUCUCAGGGAAGAGAGGAAGGAGAAGGGAGAAAUUGAUGGUUAUGGCGAUGAUCUUCUUGGACUACUAAUGAGCGCACAUCAUGAGAUUGAUAAGGAAGGAAAAAUCACUAUGGAGGAUGUUAUUGAUGAAUGCAAGACUUUCUAUUUUGGAGGACAAGAGACCACAGCUUCUAUGUUAUCAUGGACCUCUCUUCUUCUUGCCAGUAAUGAGGAUUGGCAAGAAAGAGCAAGACUGGAGGUCAUGGAAAUAUUCGGUGGUCGAAGCCCAACCUCAGAAGACACUGCAAGUAUUUCCAAGUUAAAGACGAUGACGAUGAUCAUGAACGAAUCCAUGAGGCUCUACCCGCCAGUUCUCAACAUCAUGAGAACAGUUAGCAGAAAUUCCAUAUUAGGAAACAAACUUGUCGUUCCUAAAGGCAUGGGGAUACACAUCUCCCCAACCAUCAUCCACCAGGAUCGUAAGAUAUGGGGUGAUGACGUGCAUCUCUUCAAGCCAGAGAGGUUUGCCAAUGGCGUGGCGGCGGCCAUGGCGGGGAAAGCUGCCGGCGGUGGCAGUGGCACAGCUUUCUUCCCAUUCGGAGCGGGACCGAGGUUCUGCAUUGGGCAAGGUCUGGCCAUGGUUGAGGCCAAGGUGGCUCUCGCCAUGAUUCUGCAGCGCUAUAAGUUGAGGCUUUCUCCAUCUUACAUCCACUCGCCGAUUUAUCGCAUUACUAUACGACCACAACGAGGACUUCAGGUCCUGCUGCAAAAGCUUUAA